AUGGCCUCCUUUGCUCGCUCUGCCUCAACGGCCCUCCGCGCUGCCUCUCGUCGUGCUCCCAGAGCCCUCGCAGCCGCCAACACCACAAAGGCAGCCUCCUACUCUCUCCUUACCAAGGCCGCUGCUGCCAAGGCUGCCCACUGCGCCAACCCCCAGGGUGCGCGCGGUGUCAAGACCCUCGACUUUGCAGGCACCAAGGAGACCGUCUAUGAGCGUAGCGACUGGCCCCUCGCCAAACUCCAGGAUUACUUCAAGAACGAUACUCUCGCUCUCAUCGGCUACGGUUCCCAGGGACACGGCCAGGGCCUCAACGCCCGCGACAACGGCCUCAACGUCAUCGUCGGUGUCCGCAAGGACGGCGAGAGCUGGAGGCAGGCGAUGGAGGACGGAUGGGUCCCCGGCGAGACCCUUUUCCCUAUCGAGGAGGCCAUCAACCGCGGCACUAUCAUCAUGAACCUUUUGUCCGACGCCGCCCAGAGCCAGACUUGGCCCCAGCUCAAGCCCCUCAUCACCAAGGGCAAGACUCUCUACUUCUCCCAUGGUUUCUCCGUGGUGUACAAGGACGACACCCAUGUUAUUCCCCCUCCUGACGUUGAUGUUAUCCUUGUUGCCCCCAAGGGCUCUGGACGCACCGUCCGCACUCUUUUCAAGGAGGGACGUGGUAUCAACUCGUCUAUUGCCGUUUGGCAGGACGUGACUGGCAAGGCCAAGGAGAAGGCCAUUGCCCUCGGUGUUGCCGUUGGCUCCGGAUACCUCUACGAGACCACCUUCGAGAAGGAGGUGUACUCUGACCUUUACGGCGAGCGUGGUGUCCUCAUGGGAGGCAUCCAGGGACUCUUCUUGGCCCAGUACCAGGUUCUCCGCAAGAACGGACACUCCCCAUCAGAAGCUUUCAACGAGACUGUCGAGGAGGCCACUCAGUCCCUUUACCCUCUCAUCGGUGCCAAGGGUAUGGACUACAUGUUCAACGCCUGCUCUACCACCGCUCGUCGCGGAGCUCUUGACUGGGCCCCUAUCUUCGAGAAGGCCAAUGUCCCCAUCUUUGAGCAGCUUUACGAGAGCGUGAGGAACGGAACUGAGACUCGCAAGUCUCUCGAGUUCAAUGGACGCGCUACCUACCGCGAGGACCUCGCCAAGGAGCUCGAGGUGAUCAACAACCAGGAGAUCUGGCGUGCCGGCAAAACUGUGCGAUCACUGCGCCCCGACUACAAGCCUGAAUCCGAGUAA